AUGACGACGGCCUCCUCGGCGGCGGCGAGCUCGGGUCUCGAGAUCUCGCGGGGAUCGGGUCUCAAGCUCCAGCUCGUCGAUGUCACGCUCAUCAAUAUCGCGGAAGAGGAGGCCGAGGGCCCCCUUAGCAACUUUACCAAUGCCCUUAGCGACACCCUUGGCGGAGAUCUUGCGCUCCUCCAAGUCACGCCCAUCAAGCUCGUCUACAUUCCGGGGGCCAUGUCGAUGACCAGCACGGCGGCCAGCGUGGAAGGUCUUAGGCUCGCGGACCUCGAGGUCGAGGUCGCGCUCUUCAAUAUCCCGCAGUUUAUGACCACCGCGGCUCAUCCGGCCACCGAAUCUAGAGCGGCGAUUUCCAUGGGGGAGAAUAGGCUGGCGAAUCUCGAGCUCCUCCUCAUCUCGCUUUGGGUGGCGGUGGUGCUUGGCCUUGGGCAUUCUCUGGUUUGGGGCGAGAGCUACCUUCACGUCCCUGGGGACUUUCGGUAG